AUGUCGACCCCACCCCCCAACCACAACGCUCACAUCCUCUCCCACCUCCAGCUCCUCAUCAGCCUCCACAACCAAGCCCUAGACCGUGUCCGUGGCGGCCUGGAUAUGCUCCUUUCGCUACUAACCAGAUACUCCUAUAUUGAUGUGCUGGCAGAGGCAGAAAAUGAGCUAACGAUGCAACAUGGUCAACUAGUACUUAUGCGACUGCAUGAGUUUCGCAAUAGCGAUGGCGAGAUUGUGGAGCUGAGGGAGUACUUGGAAGAGGCCCAUAUGGAUUGUAGGUACUUGGCGGAUUUUUACGAGGAUCUGAAGAGGUAUGUUGAGAGGUGUGAGGAGGCGGUGGUUUUGGAGAAGUUGGGGGUGCGGGGGUUGUGGUAG